CCCGUAUCGCGCGUCUGCGCGGCGGAGCCGGCGCCGGCAGCGAGGCGAGGCGAGGCGAGGCGAGGGGCCCAUGGAGCGGAGCGCGGCGGCGACGGUGUGGCGGCUCCGCGCCACCGGCGGCCACCGCGACCGCCGCCACCCGCCGCCGCGGGAGGACGGCGACGACUAUGUGGGCAGGAAGAAGCGGGCCGGGCCACCGCCGCGGCCGCUGCCCGAGGGACGGGGGGCGCCGCUGGUGCUGCUGUUCCUGCUGGGGCUGCGGGCGCUGGCGCACGUCUCGCACCGGCAGCUGCUGAGCCAGCCGCCCGCCGCUGGGCCCCGCGACUUCAGCGCCCUCCGCGCCAGGGGAUAUCUUGACAACAUAACAGCAAUUGGGCCCAGAACAGUUGGAAGUCCAGAAAAUGAAGUUCUUACAGUUAACUACCUCUUAGAACAAAUUAGGGCCAUAGAAAGAGAAAGCACAGAUGCUCACAAGAUAUCUGUAGACAUACAGAGGCCUACAGGCUCUUUCAGCAUUGACUUUUUAGGAGGCUUUACUAGUUACUAUGCAAACAUAACCAAUGUUGUAGUGAAGCUGGAACCCCGAAACGGAGCCGAGCAUGCAGUGUUAUCCAAUUGUCACUUUGAUUCCGUACCAAAUACCCCGGGUGCCAGUGAUGAUGCUGUUAGCUGCGCAGUGAUGCUUGAAAUACUUAACACGCUUUCAAAAUCAUCAGAGUCCCUGCAGCAUGCUGUCAUAUUCUUAUUUAAUGGUGCAGAAGAAAACAUUUUGCAGGCUAGUCAUGGCUUCAUUACACAACAUGAGUGGGCCAAGUCAAUUAGAGCUUUUAUUAACCUGGAGGCAGCAGGUGUAGGAGGAAAAGAACUUGUUUUUCAAACAGGACCUGAGAAUCCUUGGCUGGUACAAGCAUAUGUAGUUGCAGCCAAACAUCCCUUUGCCUCUGUGGUGGCACAGGAAAUAUUUCAGAGCGGUAUUAUUCCGGCAGACACAGACUUCCGUAUCUACAGGGACUUUGGCAAUGUUCCAGGAAUAGAUUUGGCUUUUAUUGAAAAUGGCUACAUUUAUCACACAGAAUAUGAUACAUCAGACAGAAUUGUAACCGAUUCCAUUCAGAGGGCAGGUGACAAUAUUCUAGCUGUCCUAAAAUACCUAGCAACAUCAGACAGGUUGGCGAAAUCUUUUGACUAUCGACAUGGGAAUGUUGUGUUCUUUGAUGUACUUGGUUUAUUUGUCCUGGCUUAUCCUGCUCGUGUUGGCACCAUCAUGAACAAUGUUACAGCAGCAAUUGCUUUUCUUUAUUUAAGCAAAAAAGUAUUACAACCCAAAACCAGAGCUAUUCCUAACCUGAAGAAAUUCUUCACUGCAUUCAGCUUAACACUGAUAAGUUGGGUCUGCACACUGGUGACAGUCCUUACAGUGGCAGGAUUUGUCUCUGUUAUUGGACGGUCUCUUUCUUGGUAUACCCAUUUCUAUGUUUCUGUGUUUCUGUAUGGCACGGCAGCUGCAGCUAAGCUCAUUCUUGUGCACACGCUAGCCAAGAAGUUCUUCUACAAGAAUAUGAAUGAACAGUACCUGGGAGAUACUUUUUUUGAUGCCUCAUUGAUGAUUUGGUCUAUAGCAUUGGCUGUGAUUACUCAGAUGGGCCUUUGUUCAGCAUUCAUUUGUACAUUAUGGGUAGCAUUUCCUUUACUCACUAGGCUGAUGAUCCAUAAAGAAUUCAGCCAAAAAGGCACCACAAUGAAGUUUGUCAUGAUGUAUAUGCUGGGAAUGUUUGUUCCCUAUCUGUAUAUGAUGUAUCUUAGUUGGACUGUAUUUGAAAUGUUUACACCUAUUAUGGGACGAAGUGGUUCAGAAAUUCUACCAGAUAUGGUAUUGGCAGGACUUAUUGUGGUCAUCACUAUGAUUUUGUCAUCUUACUUUAUUAACUUCAUUUACCUUGUCAAAAGUACAAAAACAACACUAAUAACUCUAACUACUGUGUGUGUAGUCACUCUGAUUCUCGUUUGUAGUGGAAUCUUCUUCCCUUAUAGUUCCGAUGUGGCCAAUCCAAAGCCUAAGCGAGUCUUUCUACAGCACACGAGCAGACGAUUUCAUGAUCUAGAUGGAAAUAUAGUUAAAAGUGACUCUGCUAUAUGGAUUAAUGGGUUUGAUUAUAAUGGAAUAUUUCACAUAACUCCCCAUGUACCUGAAAUCAAUGACACCAUCAGAACUCCAUGCGAGGAGAAAGCUCCUUUCUGUGGCCUUCCCUGGAUUCUGCCAGUGCAUUUCAUGUUCCGGAAAAACUGGUAUCUUCCUGCUCCAGAAAUUUUCCCAAGAAGCCCCAUUCAGUUUAAAGUUCUGUCCAAGGAGCUGAUGCCCUGGAAUUCUGUGAGGUUAAGCUUUGAAGUAUCUGGUCCAAGUCACAUGUCGUUGUAUGUUCGGCCACAUGAAGGGUCGUCUCUGUCUGCCUGGUCUCUUGGGAAUGGUACACCGGUUGCUAGCAUAGGGGGAGACUACUUUGUGUUUUACUCUCAUGGGCUGCAGGCUAUGCCCUGGCACUUCUGGGUAGAACUGACGGCCCCAGGAAAGCAUUCUGAUGGAAUAGUGUCUCUUGCCGUAGCAGCACAUUACUUUUUUGGGGAAGAUCAAAAGUCACCUCAACUCUAUGCCUUACUGGAGAGGUUUCCAAACUGGACGUUUUCUUCUGGUUGGUCCUGCACCUAUGACCUUUUUGUCUUUUAAUGUUGACAGUAAUGCAGCACUAAUAGGGUAAUCUCUGUGACAGAGAAUGCUGGUGUGGCAAACACUUCCUAACAAGAUGCUGGAGACUUUCACAAGAAUUUAAAGUACUUUGGCACAAAUGGUAUUUCUUUAGCAGUUUGAUUAUUUAAGGACUACUGCUGUUUUGGGGAUAUAGUGACACUUCAUGUCAACAUGAAUACAGUUCACCUUGGUUCUUCCACUGGAGUGCUAGUUUGACUAGUGGGUUUCUUAAAAUGAAAACUUCAUUUGAGCAGGUAAGGUUAGCAUAAUGUAAUGACAACUGUACUGAAAGGGUCUCAUGAAGUUGUUUUGAUGUUAUGUAAAAUAUAACCAUACUUUUCAUGCAUGGGAACUAUCACCUAUGAAAUCUACCCAUCCCAUUAAAGUAAGACCUUCAGCUAAAAGAUGCUUGUUUACAUGAUAGGGUGGCAGAGGUGGCAAAGUCCUAAACAUUACUUUUGUCACAGAAUCUUAGAAUGGUUUGGGUUGGAAGGGACCUUAAAGACCAUCUAGUUCCAACCCCCCAGCCAUGGGCAGGGACACCUUCCACUAGACCAGGUUGCUCAAAGCCCCGUCCAGCCUGGCCUUGAGCACUGCCAGGGAUGGGGCAUCCACAGCUUCCCUGGGCAGCCUGUUCCACUGCCUCACCACACACAGAGUAAAGAAUUUCUUCCUAGUAUCUGAUCUAGGUCAGCCGUCCUUUAAUUUAAAGCCAUUACCUCAUGUCCUAUUGCUACAGGCCCUACUAAAAAGUAUGUCCCCAUCUUUCUUGUAAGCCCCCUUUAGUUACUGCAAGGCCAGUGACUGGAUGUCACUGGAUGAAGUCUGUAAAAGCUACGAUACGUAUGUAGUUUGCAUUCCCAGUCUUCGACAAAUGCAUAAUGCAGAAAAAUAGAUACUAUGACAGAAUGUGGUAAUUACUUAUCUGAAUUAUCUUUUCCAAAUAAUAUGUUUCUGCUAAAAACCUAAAUCCUACCUUUUUCCCUGUCUCUUCAGUCUUACAACUUGAGUGGGCAGGUUUGACCUAACUAUCUUUCUGUUCCUAUUGGGAUCUUUCAGUAUAAGCAUAUAACCGUGUAACUUGGUCUCUUGUAUGUAAGAGUGCUAAAUCCCCACUCCUUUAUGUGGAUGUCUUAUAAUUAAUCUACUCUAAAUUUCAACUUAUCUUCUAAUUUAUUAGAAUUGGCUAAUUUUGGUAUCUCCUCUGGAGAGACUUGGUAAUGUGACAGCAUUGCACUUUGUUAAUACACUGAACUUGUUUCUUAAAAUACCAUUUGCUUUCUGUAAGGAAAGAUACCUAGAAGAGUCGUCUUUAAAUGAGGUCUAAUAUCUCUGGAUUGCUCUUGUUUUAUUUCCACAGGAUGGGUUUUAUAAAUGACUGUGAGUGAUUUAGAAUAUCUUCCAGUUUUAAUCUACAAGUUCGGAAGCCACUGACCGCUUUGGUUUUUUUUUUUUAUACUCUCACGUUUUUUUCAGUGCAGUGUUAGCAGUUAAUGUUAGUUUCUGAAAUGCAAAGAACUUUGUGUACCUGAAGAAACGUCUUCAUGCUUUUUUCUGAACUAUAUAUAAACAUUCUGUGACAUCAGUACCAUGCUACAAAUUGUGUAACUAGUAUUUUGUUCAUCUCAUGUGUAUUGCCAAAGCAUGUAAAACAGAUUUUGUGCGUGCAUCAUCAUUUCAAGUAAAAACAUGCUAGAACUGGAAGUCUGCAGGGCAUGUGAAAGAACAUUUUGUGAUGCUUUGUGUGAGUUGUGAUGCGUAGCAGCUCCCUGAUCAGGUACUUUUCCUUCAAAUUGUUCUGUAGUUGUAUACAAUAGUGGCAAGAGCCAGUUUCAUGUGUUGCAAGGUGCAUUCCUCAAAAUUACCAACUGUGACUCAUGGACUUAAGAGGUUUGAUUACUGUAAUCAUAAUGAGCUGGCCAUCAAUUCUUAAAACCAGUGAGUCUUUUUACAUUAACAUGUGUGUAAUCAUCACUCAGUUGAUUGUAUCUGAUUUGAAACUACAAUCCCUAUAUUCUGCAUUUAUAACUUUUAAAAAGUGCUAUUAAUGAUUUGAAAACCAGUUUUCGUUCAUAAGACUUGUUUUGAAUCUCAACAAAUAUUUUGUACUGCACUCGAUGCACAGCUAGUUAACUAAAGCUGCACUGAUAUUUACUGACUUCCUGUUUUGAUUUUUAUUUUGUGUUUUGCUUCUGAUUUAAAGCUUUGAAAAAGUGCUGUGUGGGAAUUCCUACUGGGAACCAAAAAUAUAAAAAUGUCUGUUAGCAGUUUCUGAAAUGUCAGUGAAGCAAUAAUUGUGCUAACUCAGGAUUUAACCCUUAUUAAAUAAAUUGAGGGAUGUCUAGUUUGUUGUAAAUACUUGUUUUUGUAAAUAAAAGCAAAACUUAAAUCAGUAAAAUUAGAUUUUCAGCAUGAUUAAAGGCAUAUUUGGAGUUCUUUCAUUGCACUAAUGUUCUAUUUAAGCUUGGGGUAGAAAUACUGCUAAGUGAUGCUGCCAUUAGACAACUAGAGUUAGAGCUGUGUGGAAGAUACACAUGGGCAAAGUAUGUAUAAAUUAACUAAGCUGAGAAGUGUUAAAUUGAGGGCCCUGCCUGGCUGCCUGGAGAAGAAGUGUUUCUUCUUGAAACAAGGUGUGGUGUGGAAGAGUCACUGGCAGCAAAGCUUCUUUGCAAAACAGACAGGCAAGGGCAAACUUACUGUUGAGUGCAGGUCAAAAAACAGGAUGGAAGAUUCUGCUGUUUCAGUGUCCAUCUGCUUCACCAUUCAGUACAAACAGAUUAGUCUUCUACUGUAGUUUAUUAUUUCUCAUAAAAAGUAGUGUGUGUCUUACUCUUGAAAUACACAAAAAGCAAGCAGCUGGUAAUUUUAAGGAUAGAAGGGCAUGGGAGUAGAAAAAGUAUUCUUAAUGGGAGCAGUAAGCAUUGGAAUGCUUCAGUGUUCAUCUGAAACGGUUCACAUGCACAGCCUUUUCUAAAUUGCUUUACUCUUCCUUAAUGCUUGAGCUCUUCCCUGACUUUCGAUGGCUUUGAGAAUCUGUUAUGCUCUUUGUUAACAUACAAGUACUGUUACUAUGUAUAGGUAAAAGAGCUUCAGAGAUCAGCAUUUUAUCAAUUUAAGCAUGUGGUUGCAAAGGAGGCCUGUACAUGUCGUGUACGUGAUCAAUAGAAAACAAGUUGUGUCUUGCACUCAAAGCGGUAUGGGAAGGCUCCUCCCUUUUCUGUGUUUAAGCACUUGGGAGUACGGCCACUCGCCAUAAGAUGGCAUUCAUUCCACGGCCCCGUUGAGUAUCUCAACAGCUUUCUGCUCUAGGAUAGGAGACUAAGAUGAGACAGUAAGCUGGGGCUGUGGAAAUUUUUUUUUUCUUGGAGGCUCUCCUUCAGCUAAAGUGAGCUUACCGCCCUCAGCAAGUUACCCAUCAUCUCUUGUAAUAUCAUGGUAGCUGUAGACAACUUCUUCCCUUUAUAAUGAAAAGGGGCCUGUUCUGUACAGGUUCUGGCUAGAUGAUGCAUUCAUUUGUUUAAGUAGUAGUGGAUCUCAGCCUGUAGCUUGCAGAUACUUCCGCUCUAAAACCAUCUAAAUUAGUUGCCUUGGACUAAAACAUACUAGUGAAAAACUAGCUUGCUUUGGUUGACAAAAGUGAUGGUGAAAGUCAUCGUCAGAAACGUGACUUGACUCAAGCAGUUUUACAAGUAUACCCUGAAUGAGAGAAUUUUUUUUAAAGGGGUAGCACGGAACCCAGCAUUGUUGCUGUUUCUCAAAGGCCAUUAAUUUUACACAGGUUGAGAACCAGAUCAAGAAAGCUUGAUGAUAUGCAAAUGCUGGUGAAAGAGGAAGUCAGGCCUCUUUCUGUGCUGCUAAAUGCUUAAGUAGGGCAGAGGGGCAAGAACCAGGACAGCCAGUUUUAUGUAAGCUGGAUAAGCAAAACGAGAGGAGAGACAGUGAGCUGGAAUUCCAUAGAAAAUGCUGACCCUCUAAAUGGCCCAUUUCUGCUAUGAUUAGAUUGAAAUAAUAGCGCAUGAUGAAUAAACCUUCUGUGAUGGGUUAACCUUGGCUGGCUGUCAGUUGCCCACCAAACUGCGCCAUUCAUGCCCUCUCCUCACCAGGGCUGGAGGAGAAAAUAAGGCGAAAAAGCUUCUGAGUUGAGACAGUUAGUGUAACAGGCACAACAAACUGGCCUUGAGGAAGAUUAAUUUAUUGCCAAUUAAAGUGGGAUAGCAACAAAGAAAAAAAUAAAAACCGCCUUCCCCCAACGUCCCUUUUCUACCCAGACUCAACUUUACUCUUCUGCCUCCUCUACCACAACGGUGCGGAGGGAUCAGGGAUGGCCAGUUGAGGGUCAGGUCAUGGUGUCUGUAGCAGCUCCUCUCCCCUCACACUAUUCCCUGGCUCCAGCAUGGUGUCCCUCCCACGGGAUAGAGUCUCUCAUGAACUGCUGCAGCAGUUCAAGAGGAUCCUCCUCUUGAUGGGGCAGUCCUUCAGGAACGGACUGUUGCAGACUGCAACCCCCGUGAGCCACAGCUCCUGCCAGAAAACCGGCUCCUGCACGAACUCUCCAUGGGCUGCAGCUUCCUGCAGGGCUCAUCCACCCCUCUGUCGUGUGGUCCUGCACAGGCUGCGGUUGUGGUUGUCUGCUCCGGUGUGCUCCACAGUGGGAUGCGGGGGAACAACCUGCUUCACCGUGGUCUAAAAAGAUGUAACUGCUAAACCACAGUAGGAGGGUACUAAUAUUAAGAGCAUUAGUGUAUCAGUUAACAUACGUGUUCACUUGUAUGGAGACACAGGCUGCAGGGGAUCCAGUGCCUGGAGCAGAGACUCCUGCUUCUCCUUUGUGGACUGGUGUGGUGAAAGUUUAUUAAAUAAUGAUUGAUUACUGCUUAUGAAGAAGUCUUUGAUCAUGCAUGUAAUCAGGACUGUUAAACUCGGGCAGUGAGCUCAAGGACAACUACAAAUCACAUUUAGUGAGUCAGACAGGUGGUGCUUGUCCCAGGCCCCCUGCGCAGGCAGGAUGCAUGCGGGACCACCCAGACAACAAAUACGGUGUGCAGCUGUGUUGUGACAGUAACUCAGCCAUGCUCGGACAUCUGGCCAGCAUCAUUGGUGCGUGUGGACCUUAUGGACCAUGAGAUCUGCAUGUGGCACAAACUUUAAAACCUUGCAUACACUAGGUAUGUAAGCUGGUUUUGUUUUCACAAAGUAUAAAGGCAGGCAAGCUCUGGGACUGGGCCAGAAGCCUCACCUAUGGGUGGAGGCACCGUGUAGGAACUUCCCAGUUACUGAGAUACUCCGGGCACCAGUGGCAGUGGGGUUUCCCAGCUGAAGCGUGGGCUUGGAUGAUGUUAUUAAGGUGGUAAUUGGUGAUGUAUCCUUUUCUUAAUCACCGUAAUGCUUUACAGUCACAAUUUGGUGCAUCGCUCCUAUUGCUCUUCUAUCAUAUUGUGUGUAAUAACCAGUACUGUUUCCUUUUAUCAUAUUGCAUGAUAUUUUACUUUAUUAUAUUGUAAUAUAAUAAACAAGAUUUAUUGUUA